UCAUUCUCUGUAUUAUUUUUUGUUGGCUAACUCACACAGUUGCUUGGAUGUUUAUCUGGUUAACGUUAGUUGCUCCUCUUUUUUAGUUUACCACUUAGAUUGGGCGCAGUGGUUUGCAUGGAACAACCCACCAUUUUGGCUGGUUAGUGUUUUCGCAGAUUUUACAAGAUCCGAUUUAAUUCCACCAACUGCAACUGAGAACGGGGAACAUUACUGCACAAAAGGUAGCUUUCUAGCAGCUAGCGCUAUCUAGCUAGGACAGCUAUGUUAGCCGACUGUUGCUCGACAAGAAAUUUUGAACUAGAUUACGCAUUGAGUUUGCUUCUUCCGCAUGGUGAACGGGGGUGUGUUUUGUUUUGUUUUAGGUAGACUAGCGAUCUUAGAGAUGUGAUAAAAAUUAAAAUAAAGAAAACUGCUAUGAUGCCACGAUGGCGCUAACUGAUCGAACGAGUUAAGCAGUUUACUUUAGACUACCCGUGCUGUCAGUAGUCUAAUAUUUAUAUUUUAGCGCUAGCUGGUAAUCUAACAGUAACUAAACUUGUCAUUUCAAACUGCACCAGUUGAUGUAUCGCAUCGAUGGACAGCAGCUGUUCGUUUUCUAAAUCAGUGGGUUGGUAGAAUUAACGUUAGCAAGCUAAUAUGAGCUAAGCUAUGAAACUGACAGCUACAUUUGCGACCGUGGCUGUGCGUCUGAAUUUAAAUUAGCGUGUGCACUGUAUCUGAUAUCUCACGAAGUGCGCUAACGGUAGACUAAUGCAAUCCUAAUCUAAACCAAAUUAGGGAUCUGAAUUCGGUGGAUGAACAACAGUGAGCGUUUGGUGCUUGACCCUGUUUAACCAAGGAAACAACUGCGCCCUCCCAUUCUAUCUGUUUUGGCUGCGCGCACCGCCGAUUCAAAAUUACAUUACGACGAUGAAAUACGACGGGUCUGCUCAUCUUUCUUUUUUGUGUGUGUCAUUCGUGUAAAUCUUGAGAAGACCCCAUUCAGUGGGUCAUUUUUGAAAAAGGAAACCCAGCUGCGUGUAUAUCGAUGAACUCUCGCUGCAGUUUGACUGAAGGCAACAGCAGCCUGGCAGCCUGUGCUGCUCACAGCUGAGGUACACACUUAGCGGGUGGUGUCAGCGCUGUGAUCCAGACUGUGGUGGCGGUGUUGACGGAGGCAGGUGGUUGGCUCUGGCAUGCACAAGGGGAAGGGGGCGUGUGUCUGAGCAGCUGCAGACCAAGCUCUCACACUGACAGACAGACAGACACACAGACAGGCAGAGCAUGCCUCUGGGCCUGGGCCGCAGGAAGAAGGCUACUCCACUGGUGGAGAAUGAGGAGGCGGAGCCUGUGCGGGCGGGGCUGACUGUGGCCGGGCUGGAGGGCGGGGCAGGUGAUGUGGACUCGCUGCAAGGCCUGCCCCCGCCCCCCGCCAAUCUGCGGCCACGCCUGGUCUUCCACACACAGCUGGCGCAUGGCAGCCCCACCGGCCGCAUCGAGGGCUUCAGCAACGUGCGCGAGCUCUACGCCAAGAUCGGCCAGGCUUUCGGCAUCCCGCCAACAGAGGUGAUGUUCUGUACGCUGAAUACCCAUAAGGUGGACAUGGAGAAGCUGCUGGGGGGGCAGAUUGGCCUGGAGGACUUCAUCUUUGCCCAUGUGAAGGGGCAGAGGAAGGAAGUGGAUGUGUUUAAGGGUGAGGACGCGCUCGGGCUGACCAUCACCGACAACGGAGCCGGAUACGCCUUCAUCAAAAGAAUACGAGAAGGAAGCGUAAUAGACGGAAUCCAGGUAAUAAAUGUAGGGGACAUGAUCGAAUCCAUCAACGGGCACGUUCUGAUUGGCUGCCGGCACUACGAGGUUGCCAAGAUGCUGAAGGAGCUGCCCAAGGGGCGGGACUUCUGCCUCAGGCUGGUGGAGCCGUUGAAGGCCUUUGAUAUGAUCGGUCAGCGUGGGGCGGGGCGCUCAGCCUCUGGGGUCCAGAUGGGGACAGGAAGAGGGACGCUACGCCUGCGGGCCAAAGGCCCCGCCACUGUGCAGGAACUGCCAUCUGCAUUUGAGGAGAAGGCCAUUGAAAAGGUGGAUGACCUGCUGGAGAAUUACAUGGGAAUCCGGGACAGCGAACUAGCUGCCUCCAUGGUGGAGCUGGGGAGAGACAAGCGGAACCCAGAUGAGUUUGCCGAGGCUCUGGAUGAGUCGCUUGGCGACUUUGCUUUCCCCGACGAGUUUGUGUUUGACGUCUGGGGUGCCAUUGGUGACGCCAAGGUGGGACGCGUGUGAGCACAGGAGUUGGAGGGACUGAAGAGCCAACGCUGCAGUGGCACAUGACCACCACUAGGGGUCACUGUAGUUGUUUUAGUGUGUUUUUACGCUUUAGCAGGUGUUGUGUUGAUUUCCUUUUGUGUUUCUGUCAGUGUUUUUUGGGAUGUGAGUUGUAUGCGCUUUCUGAAUCUGAUAGGACAGCAGUAAUCUCUGGGGUGUCAGUGAUGGCCCCUCUCUUGGCAUGCUGAAAAGUGCAGAACACUUCUUGCCUGUUUGCAUGGAGACCAAACCACCAGGCAUUCGGGCAGGUGCCCAGAUUCCCAGAAUGCACUGCUGUCUGAGCAAUACCUGACUCACCCAGGACACAGCAUGGUUUAGCUUUUUUUUUUUAAGGUUGGGACCACUACACUCUGCUCAAGGAUUGAACUUUCUACCUGACUUUCCCCAAACAGAAGUACAGUCAAACAGAUCUAUAGUCAAACAGCACCAAAGUCAAACAGUGUUACAGUCAAACUACUGAAGUCAAACAGCACUACAGUCAAACAGUGUUAGUCAAACAGUGUUGCAGUCAAACAGUACUACAGUCAAGCAUCACAGCAGUCAAACAGUACUACAGUCAAGCAGCACUGCAGUCUAACAACACAGCAGUCAAACAGUACUACAGUCAGUGUUAGUCAAACCGUGUUACAGUCAAACAGCAUCACAGUCUAACAGCACUGAUCAAACUGUUACAGUCAAACAAUGUUAGUCAAACAGCAUUACAGUCAAACAGUGUUAGUCAAACAGUGUUACAAACAGCACUGCAGUCAAACAGUGUUACAGUCAAACUACUGCAGUCAAGCAUCACAGCAGUCAAACAGUACUACAGUCAAGCAUCACAGCAGUCAAAGUACUACAGUCAAGCAGCACUGCAGUCUAACAGCACAGCAGUCAAACAGUACUACAGUCAGUGUUAGUCAAACCGUGUUACAGUCAAACAGCAUCACAGUCUAACAGCACUGAUCAAACUGUUACAGUCAAACAAUGUUAGUCAAACAGCAUUACAGUCAAACAGUGUUAGUCAAGCAGUGUUACAGUCAAACAGUACUACAGUCAAACAGUGUUACAGUCAAACAGUACUACAGUCAAACAGUGGUACAGUCAAACAGCAUUACACUCAAAGCGCUACAGUCAAACAGUGUCACCGUCUAACAGCACUGAUCAAACUGUUACAGUAAAACAGUGUUACAGUCAAACAGCAGUACAGGAGGAAGGUGGUAGAGCUGACUGCGUGUAAUGACAGUUUUUACGUAGGUAUAUGAUAAAUCUAGUUUUAUAACAGUGUGGCUAUAUCAGUUGUCAUUUUGAAUGCUGUUAAACAGUAUUAGUUAAAUAUGAAAUGUUAAUCACUGUUAAACUUGAAGGGUCAGGUAUAAUGUUAGGCUCUGUGACACAAAGUGAUUCUUCUAGUAAUAAUUAUGUAAAUAAUUUUAUUUACUUACUGUACUCACUGAAUAGCCACAAUGUAAUGUCUUUUUGAUAUGAAGGAAAAAAUCAUGUGAUACUUGGCACUGAAAUAAAGUUUCUGUCUUUC